AUGACCACCUCGCGCAAUCCAACGGCGUUGAGUAGGUCGGAGAGCAUUAGCGAAGGAUCCCCUCGAUACCAAACCAAUCUACGGCAGCGACUCCAGGACAAUAUCAAUACGCUGGACGGUCUCAUCAAUGAAACGAAUAAUACCGCCGCCCAGAAUACCGCCUCCCUGACAGCCUCAUCUCCAUACCCGAGUCCACCAAGCACCGAUCCGCCACCCUACCUGGCUGCCAAUUUUGCGUCCAGCGUUCCGAGCCUGCGCCCGCGCGCAUCCACGGCAACCCUUGCGCAGAAUCCGCAGCCCAUCAUGUAUUCGAAUCAACAGAAUAACAACUCGCGGCCCUAUGGCGUGCCGCCGCCGCCGCCGCCGCCGACAAUGUCGCCGCCCCAGAUGCUGUCUAUGCCAUCCAUACCUCCUCCCCCACCUCGAUACCCAAGCGCGCCAUCUGGCACUGUGGGAAUGCAGCUUCCUGGCCCUCCGUCCGGUCCUCCCCCCAACGCGGCAAUGAACUCGCAAACGCAAUGGCAAGGCAGCUGGGGUCGUCCCUACGACACGAGGCCCGGCUUGUCAAUGCCAGGGCCGCCUCCCAAUGGUCUGCACAGAGCGUACGAUCCAAAACUUCACCAGCAGUUAUCAAUGGGUAAUCUUGGCGGUACCAUGUCAAUACCACCUCCGCCUCCUUCCGAUCCACCCAACAUGUCCAUGUCAGCAACGUAUAUUCCCCAAGGCGAUACGUACGGAGAGGGCGUGGGUAUACCUGCAUUCGGCUUUGACGAAUUGCCUGCCACGUUCGCGCCAGCAGCCCAGGUGUCCUGGUCUGCUGCAGGACAAAUCGGGGUUGGCGAUGCUGCAAAAACAAUGGCAGCUGAUGACAGCCAAAAUAGAUUAUACGCAAACAGUAUGGCCAAUAGAAUGGCAUCUACUGCCUCGAAUGCUGCAAGCUCCGCAUCUGGAGUCUCUCCGGAAUUGGCCGCAAAAUGGCCCUUGGAUAAUGUCUUACUGUGGUUGGCCACUAACCAAUUCUCAAAGGACUGGCAGGACACAUUUAAACGGCUGAAUCUACACGGAGCGCAAUUUCUCGAGCUGGGCAGUGCCCGUGGCGGUCGUGGUAACUUUGGUUUGAUGCACCAACAGGUCUACCCAACGCUGGCUCAAGAAUGCACAAAGAACGGGACAAAAUGGGAUUCGUCUCGUGAGAGAGAGGAAGGAAAGCGCAUGCGCCGAUUGAUACGCACCAUUACAUAUACUGCGAGUGCGAAUACGUCUUCGGGUCGAGAUGCGAAUAAUCAUGCAAAAGGCUCCGGAGGGGCCCCGCCAAACAGCCAAGGAGCUGGGACAGACGUGGAGUCGCCCAAUACACCUAUCAAAGCUCCAGGGCCUGGCUUCUCUGGAAGGCGGUUCUCGCAGACGAGGUCCACCACCAUGCCAACACUGAGCGGGAACACAAUGAGCUCCGACGCUAAUCACAGGACCAUUCUCAAGGGUCUCGAUAUUGAGAGUAGUCGGAGACAUAGUCCUGUUGGGAACGAUGCAGAUGGCAAUUAUCGCAGUGCAUUCCGUGGCGACAGUCCUUCGGGCAGCCCAAAGCCAAAUUCUGGCUUGUUCCCGCAAUCAGCCGGGAACUUGUCAGCCUCAUCGCCAUCUGGCCGCUUUGGCCAUCGUUCAAGGGACAGUACCAGCUCUGUAUCCUCGAACGCCGCAAUAUACGGUUCUGGUGUACCCGCAGAGGCCAGCCAGCUGUUGCGCAAUGGUAUGAGUGGCAUAGGCGAAAUGUUGAACGCUAACCGAAACAAGGACAAUUCUGGACAGUCCCCACUGGAGGCAAGCGAUCGAUCAGCAGGUCCCGACCCGCCGGGCUCUGCUAAAGACAACAAGAGCUUUCUCAGCUUCUUCCAGAAGCGGAAAAAGAAGGAGGACGGCGCUGCUGCCUCUCCUGAGGAGGGUGAUGCACAAACGAGCCCACAUCUUUCCAAGGCAUCCCUUUUUGGCAACCGUUCGGCAGGUGCCGAACUGGAUGCGUCGUCGUUGGAUAGUGCUCCAGCCUUUCGCAGAAACCCAAACGCCCCCCGCGUCUUUGUGCUCACGACCUUGGAUGGAUGGAACUAUCGCAUGUGCGAUGUGACGGAUUGCCAGACUGCAGCAGACUUACGAGUCUGCAUCUGUAUGAAUAUGGGAGUCUCGGACCCAAAGACAGCGCUGUUGUUCCUCACGGAGCUGGGGCGAACAACUCAUGACGAAGCUCUUGAGGACCAGAGCCUGAUGAUCCAUAAGAGGAACAAGGCAGACGCCACUGGCACGUUGAAAUUCUUCGUGAAGAUUCAUAAUCCAGCAAUACACAAUUCGAUUCCCGAGUCACUAACCCCGGGAUAUGCACUACCAGCAAACUCCAUGGACGAUGAAGCGUAUGCACGUCUUGACGGGCAGCGGGAACGCUCUAGUUCGUCGCCGCCGGCCUCCCGUGUCGACACAGUAAGUGGGAACGGGCCAGAUCCCAAUGAAUUGGCACAAAGAGCCAACGACUACAAGUUGGGUGUUGAAAAGCAGCAAGCUGCCUACUUGGCCAGGAGAAAGCAGGCGCUCGAAAAGUCAUCGCCGCAGGAGAACAGCUCUCAAUUCGGUAUUGUGGGCAGAAACGUCGACUUUGAUCAGCCUCGUAACUCGCCAUAUGAGGAAAAGAAGCCCGAUAAUCUCUUCCCACAACGUCGCGCCCCGGCACCCCCAGGCGUCGAGACUGCCACGCUCAUCAAGGCCAAUUCAUUGAGUAAGAAGAGCGGGCAUCAGAUGCGGCAAUCCCAGAGCAGUUUUGAUGGGUACCCCAGCCCCAGAAGGCCGACUACAUCAACAAAUGACACCUCUCAAGAAAUGUCACAGCGGCGGCCCGCCACUGCCACAAGAGAACCCCAAACCUCAGCCCUAGGCGCUUUGGUUGGCAUGGGCAGCGCGCUCAGCCACUUUGGUCGGCCCACACAAAAUAACCGGCACCAGAAACCUGUAUCGCCAGCCAGGAAUAUAUCCGGAGCCUCAGCAGGAGCUGCAUAUGAUGAAGUACGAGGUAAGCGAGCCAUGGCAACGGUUGACUUUGACCAGACUGCUUCGGGUCGCAGUAGUCCGCGAUCUGGGUCCCCCGGGACUCUCACAUGGAGCCGUGGAGACCUUGCAUUUACCGUUCCGGACUACUCGCCCGGCGGCACGCCUGUGAAUGGAAACAAAUCCAAACCUGAAUAUGGACCCCUUGCUAAAGUGCGUGAUGCAGCACAACGAGCGCCAUCACCCGGAGACCUUAGCCCCAACUCGGCGCACCCGUCCAGCAACGACGUCAGGCCAGAACCUCAACGUCGCAAAUCCCAUGGACCUGAUGUGGACUUCACUGAGACGGACGUGCAAUUUGCCCAACCGACAACUUCUGUCGCGCAGAAGGACGACUCUUCGGGCGAUGAUUCGGAUGAUGGUUUGUUUGCUGUCCCCGUCAGAGGUCGGCAGCCUUCUACCAAGAAACCAAGUUUGACGCUCAACACAACGCGAUCCAAGAAACAAGUAUCUGUUUCAUUCGGCUCUCCCGGUCCCAGGAUACCGGACCUGGAGGAGGAUGAUGGCAGUAUGAGGAGUGCAAAGAGUUUCCAGCGUCGGACUCCAGCAACUCCCCAGUCGGAUUCAAGGGAAUCCGACGACGGUAAACUCGGACGGCGCAAAUCUUUUAUUGAGCGGGACGUCUGGGCCAACCGCCCCCCUGCAGAGGCUUUGCUUGAAAACCUUGAUGCCUUCUUCCCUGAAGUUGAUCUUGAUGAACCUGUACUAGAUGAGGCAUCACUGCAAGACGUUCCUUCGCCUCGCUCGCCAGCAUUUGUCAAUACCCCAAAUCAAGGCGUGGAAGCCUCCAGGGCAGCUAGCAACGAGUCCUUGCAACUCCCGUUGCACGGGACUGAGACGGCGCGGUCAUCAGUCUACAGCGAUAAUGACACGCUUGGAUCAGAUGAGUCAACGCUCAAAGCUCUGGAGCAAAGACCUGUCUCAAUUGCAUCUGUUGCGCAACGCAAUGUGGGCAGGCGCUCGGGGGGACUUGGACGUAUGAAGUCUAUUCGUGAAGUUGCUCGCGGUGCACAUGAAGCUAAUAAGCGGUACACUACUGCCUCGACUGCGUCUGGUAUGGGAGGCGCGAGCUCUGCAAUCCAACGUCGCAAGAGCACCAAGAUGUUUGGUGCAAACGUUGUGCAAAUUCGCCCUGAGCGCGGGUCAAUGAUUGACAUUAUGCCACAGAUUCCCCAAGAUACUCUUCCCAAACGGCAGACUACCUUCCGGUGGUUCAAGGGUGAGCUAAUCGGCAAAGGAACGUACGGCCGCGUCUAUCUGGGUAUGAAUGCCACCACGGGAGAAUUCUUGGCCGUCAAGGAAGUUGAGGUCAAUCCAAGAGCCGCCGCUGGCGAUAGCAACAAAAUGCGCGAGCUCGUUGCCGCCCUCAACACGGAGAUCGAGACCAUGCAAUAUCUCGAUCAUGUGAACAUUGUGCAAUACCUUGGUUGCGAAAGAAAGGAGACCAGCAUCAGCAUCUUCUUGGAGUAUAUUUCUGGUGGUUCCAUUGGUUCUUGCUUGCGUAAGCACGGCAAGUUUGAAGAACCAGUCGUUAGUUCUCUCACACGCCAAGCUCUCUCCGGUCUGGCGUAUCUUCACCGGGAGGGUAUUCUGCACAGAGAUCUAAAGGCCGACAAUAUCUUGCUCGACUUGGACGGUACAUGCAAGAUUUCUGAUUUUGGCAUCUCCAAGAAGACGGAUGACAUUUACGGCAACGACAAAACAAACAGCAUGCAGGGUUCUGUGUUCUGGAUGGCCCCCGAAGUGAUCCGGUCCCAAGGCGAAGGUUACAGCGCCAAGGUUGACAUAUGGUCCCUUGGUUGUGUCGUCCUUGAGAUGUUUGCAGGCCGUCGACCAUGGAGUAGGGAAGAGGCAGUUGGUGCCAUUUACAAAAUCGCAAACGGAGAGACACCGCCGAUUGCCGACGAGGUGCGCGAAGCUAUCAGCCCUUACGCACUGGGCUUCAUGUUGGAUUGUUUCACGGUCGAUCCCGGAGAGCGACCCACAGCAGAGCGUCUUCUCAUGCAGCAUGAGUUCUGCGAGUUACAGGAGGACUACAAUUUCUUUGAUACGGAUCUUUAUGCCAAGAUCCGUGGAACGUAUAACUAG